CGCGGUGCCGCCGGUGUACGCGGCGCCGCGGAAAGGGUUAAAGGUCAGUGGUGUAUGUUUACGCGUCGACGCGCUUAUCAGGACCGUCUUCGCCCAUAUAUUGGACCUACUAGGGUCAAAGGGUAAUGCCUCCUAGGAUUAAUGUAGGGUAACGUGGGGUUACGGGGUUAAUGUGGUGGAGGCGUAGGCCAUUACUCGAGGCUUGAGUGUCAACAGGGAACCGUCAUCCCGAUGGCGGGCUGAACGGAGGACAAGGUAGUAGCAGGCUGGCGUUCAUACCGUUAACACGGCGUUGAUGGAACUGGAAGGAGUAAUCUGACUAACCCCGCAUUGUGUUUGACCACUGUACAAUAAACCGUGACGUGAGUUCGACACAGCGGUUUCAGUCAUCCUUGGCACUCACUCAACAAGCGCUGGUCACCGCGCUUACAGUCAAACACACAGGGUUUGUGAUGCCGCCAAAUGGGAUGGAUUGAGUGAGUUGCAACAGGACAGCGGUACGAGGGCGCCGGACGCUGAGGGAACGGAAGGGCUCGAGGAAGGACUACACGACCCAGGUUGCCCGUCGGUUCGGCGUCGGUGUGGGUAUGGUAAAAUCUACGGAAGUGUCACUGACUGUUUCGUGUGGUGGGCACUGACGGUUUCGUGUGUAGUAGUAGCGGUUCUGUGUGGGUAUGGAAAAACCUACGGGAGUGUCACUGAUUGUUUCGUGUGGCGGGCACUGACGGUUUCGUGUGUAGUGGUAGCGGUUCUGUGAGGGUGUGAAAAAACCUACGGGAGUGUCACUGACUGGUUCGUGUGACGGGCACUGACGUAUUCGUGUGGUGUUGUGGAAGCGGUUCUGUGUGGGUAUGGUAAAAAACCUACGGAAGUGACGUCGAGUGUUUGGUGUUCGGGGUCGUGUGUUGAAAAAGGGGGGAGAGGGGAGUGAACCCCCAACGCACGCCGCCUGUGCAAGACGGAAGUAAGACGUCAAGAACACGAAAACGACAUCGACCGUCAUACGCCCGCAGUGAUGUCACAAGGUAAGACAGACGGGGCAUCCAGCCCACUUUCCAACGGGGAAGGAGAGGAGUCUAACGCCUCUAGCGACGCGCACCCGGCGUUCGGCGCUCGCGAUGAUGAAUCUAGCGGUGCUCCCUUGACACCGGUGUUACUGGGAAGCCGCGAGCCCUCGGCCCCUCUGCACGUGACGGACGACACCUCCGGGCCUAAGCCAACCGAACCCGCCACCGAACCCGCCCGCGAACACCCCCUUGCAGGGGGAGUUAUGCCCGCCGCUGACUCUGUGCCUGGAGGGGAGUUGGCACGCUUAGUCGCAACGAUGAUAGACGACCGGUUGAACCGAUGGAUGAGAGAGGAACGUUUCAUAAGGGUGGACCGUACCGCCACAACACAUCAAGAGACAGACGGAGAAUAUGCAGGGUCCUCGAAUGAGGAAAUAAACACGGGACGCGCCAGUGGGCGCGUUAUGCACACUACCAAACCAGACGGAGAAUAUGCAGGGUCCUCGAAUGAGGAAAUAAACACGGGACGCGACAGUGGACGCGUUAUGCACAUUACCAAACCAGACGGAGAAUAUGCAGGGUCCUCGAAUGAGGAAAUAAACACGGGACGCGACAUUGGGCGCGUUGUGCAACCUACCAAACCAGACGGAGAAUAUGCAGGGUCCUCGAAAGAGGAAAGAUACACGGGACGCGACAUUGGGCGCGUUGUACAACCUACCAACACAGACGGAGAAUAUGCAGGGUCCUCGAAAGAGGAAAGAUACACGGGACGCGACAUUGGGCGCGUUGUACGACCUAUCAACACAGACGGAGAAUAUGCAGGGUCCUCGAAAGAGGAAAGAUACACGGGACGCGACUUUGGGCGCGUUGUGCAACCAACCCACGGGAGGCGCGCAAAGCAGGGUCUUCUCAUCGGGGCGGACCGAGGAGGCCCACGAACCCGCAACGACGUAGAGGGAGGAGGUACAACCUCCGAUGACGAGGAGGGAGGCACCGGGUGCGCCAAAACCAGGGGCCGGGGAAGCCAAAGGACCCGUCGCGAGGCCCGUCGUGAGACCGACGGGGUAGGAUCUAGGUCCAGAUCCACGAGUGAUGCGGAAAGACGCGGGAAGAGACGUCGGGGUAAGUCCCAGAGCCCCCAGACCAAACGACGUAAGAAAAGAAGGGACAAAACCGGAGCGGGUGGAACUCUACUUGAAACAGUGCGCAUGAUGCAGGCGAAGCUUCCCACUCUCUAUGCGGGCAGUGUUGAGGACUACUGGGCGUUCAAGAGGCAGUUCCAGGAAUUCGUCCUCGAGACAUCGACGUCAGACAUGCAUAAACUCAACCAGCUGUACACCAACUGCGCCCGGGAGGUACGGCCACUCAUAGCGCAUUGCAUGGCGCUGUCGUCGGAACAGGGCCUCGCUUCGGCCUUGAAGAUCUUGGACGAACGAUUCGGCGAUGAGAGAGUUUAUAUGCAUCAUGCGAGGGAGAGAUUGAUUAGAGGACCAACGAUUUCUGAGAACGACUAUCAGGCCCUCUCCCAAAUGUGUUCCCAACUGACGUCAUACAUCUCCUUUGCGGAAAACAUUGGUCAGCUUUCGGAUAUCGACAAUACACCCACUAUCAGAGACAUUCUCCUUCGGCUGGAUAGGGCGAUGCAGACCCGUUGGAAUUCUCGAUGGACAGGGAAGAGGGGCAGCCGGCCCCAACGGAUUACGGACGUUUUACACUUCAUGAAGAAGGAGACUAAGAGAGUUGAAAACAACCUCCUUUUGACGGAAAGACACGGCGCCGAGUUACGGAAACUAAGUGGGGGGGAGACUGACAACGGCAAGGAGGCCGCCGACAAGCAAGGGAAAGCCUACGGGGCAAGGCGGGAAGCCAAAGUGCCAGUCUUUGUAACACAAGGUAGAACCCGGGGGAGGAUGGAAGGAGGCAGGUUCGGCAACGACGGAUGUCGCUUAUGUGGUGACAUUCAUGCACUCUCCUCGUGUACGAUUUUCCGGCUGAUACCUGUCGAGCACCGUAAGAGGGUUGUGAGGGCGCAGGGUAAGUGCUUUCUGUGCCUUCGAGACUCUCAUCUGGUGAGGGAUUGCAGAGCACAGCUUUGUGAGAUAGAGAACUGUCGGGGCCGACAUUCCAAGUGGCUUCACGAAACCGCAGCGGAAGCUAGACCGCGAAGGGGAGGUGCGACACCAGGGCAACGCGUGUCGGCUGAGGUCUCCCGCGGGGCAAGCGGGAAUUGACUAGACCAGGAAGGCUACGUCGCUCACACCACGGCACCGACGACAGGAAACGUGUUACCUAUAGUGCCGGUGGUAUUGACUGCUGGGGUGACGGCAACGGGGGUGGAGACUUGUGCACUGCUGGACUCGGGUAGUACCCGCUCAUUCUGUGUGAGGCGUAUUGUUGACAGAUUGGGAGUACGAGAGGGAAGAGAAACGAUUGUGCUUUCCACUCUUCUACAACAAGAAGUCCAAACAGCCCCUAGUGUCGAACUUGUGGUCACCGGUUUGUUCGGGAGGAGGCCAACACCGGUCAGACUGACUGGGGUCCUCGUUGUAGACUCGUUUCCUGACGGCUUGACGGAGGCCAAGGCGGACCCUGCCAUGGCUGCUCUCUGGGAACAUCUUAAGGACUUGGCAUCCAUGCAUAAACGUGCCGAGCACCUCUCCGUGGAGUUGUUGAUCGGUCAGGACGCCCCCCUGGCCUUGACUCCACUGGAAGUCCGAAGAGGGCGGGACGGGGAACCCUUUGCGGUCAGGACAAAGUUGGGCUGGGCGAUAAAUGGUCCGCUGCAACGGAGCCGACAGUCCUCAACAAGCUUUAACGCUUUCGUGGAAGAAACGACGAAGAUCCCGGAUCCGUGUUCUGAAAGGGCCCUGCGGCAGUUUUGGGAAGUGGACGAUCGAGAGGAUCCGGAGCAACGGGGGAGGUCGGUAGAGGACCAGCUCGUUGUCGAACUGUGGGAAAAGGAGGGAGCGAAG